CUGCGCCUUCAUCCUCCUCAUCCUCCUUAAGAACUCACGGAGAGGGGGUCCGGCUUCCACCCAUCCGUCUCAGCUGGAGUCACAGCUGGCGCCACCCUCCCGACCGGCCGUUUCAUUGCUAUGUCCCUGCCAGGGAGCAGACGACCCUCCACGGGAUCCCGAAGACGCCCGGUCAAGUACCUGCUGUGCAGUGAUAACCAUGGGAUCAAGCCCCCGACUCCCGAGCAAUACUUGACUCCUCUUCAGCAGAAAGAGGUUUGCAUUCGGCACCUGAGGGCCAGGCUGAAGGACACGCAUGAGCGACUGCAGGACAGAGAUGCGGAGAUUGAAGACCUGAAAGCCCAGCUCUCCAGAAUGCAGGAAGAUUGGAUCGAAGAAGAGUGCCACCGCGUGGAGGCCCAGCUGGCCCUCAAGGAAGCCCGGAAGGAGAUCAAGCAGCUGAAGCAGGUCAUCGAUACCGUCAAGAACAACCUGAUAGAGAAAGACAAAGGGCUCCAGAAGUAUUUUGUGGACAUCAACAUCCAGAACAAGAAGCUGGAGACCUUGCUCCACAGCAUGGAGGUGGCCCAGAACGGGACGGUUAAAGAGGAGGGGGCCACCGAAUCGGCAGGAGGCUCCCCGGCUCGUUCGCUCACCCGCAGCUCCACCUACACCAAGCUGAGUGACCAAGGGGCCAACGAGAAGAACAUGGGGGGCUCCCAGACCAUCUCAGUGGACGAGGGGGCAGACAGCGGCUUCGCGGCGGCAGAGGACUCCUUGAGCCGGACAGACCUGUUGGAUCAGAGUAGCCUCCUCUCCUCGGGAGUAGAGUGCGGCACUGACGAAGUCUCCCUGCAGACCAACUUCACCCUGGGCUCCCGGGUCCCGACCAGCUCCACGUACGAGAAACUGAUGGGGUCUCAGCAGAGCGUGGAAGCCGCGGUGCAAGCCAGCUGCAUGCAGGAACAAGCCAUACAGACAGACUUUGUGCAGUACCAGCCGGAUCUUGACACCAUCUUGGAGAAGGUGAUGAAGUCCCAAGCCUGCAGUCUGGCCAGCCCCACAUCGGUGUGGGUCUCUGAAAUGGAGGACGGGGUUGAGACCAAUAGCUCAGAGACUCGCGCCCUAGAUGUAACCGGGCCAAUGGACUUGGUGGCUGCUAACCCCAACUCCGCAGUGGCGAUCCUGGCCGGAGGGGUCGUUGAGGAUCCUGAUGGGCCGCCAGCGUCCCCGACGGAGCCCAGAGCCGCCCCGACUCCAACCGUGCAUCAGCCUUCUAGCGCAAGCGAAUCAGUGAGCAUCGUCUGCGCCCCCGAGGAAGACGUUGCCGAGUCCAGCCAAGACCUGGUGGCAGCCACGGCCUCGGCAGGAGCAGCGUUGGAGCCCAAAACGUACUGGAGCCGCCACUUCAUUGUGGAUCUUUUGGCCGUCGUGGUUCCCGCAGUGCCUACCGUCGCCUGGCUGUGCCGCUCGCAGAGAAGGCAGGACCAGCCCAUCUACAACAUCAGCUCCCUCCUGCGGGGCUGCUGCACGGUGGCUUUGCACUCCAUCCGCCGGAUCAGCUGUCGCUCGGUGGCCAGCCCCGGCGGCGCCGGUGCCUGCCCCCAGCCGUAACCGCCUCGCUUGCCCCCGCCUGCGGCACCAUCACGCACACAUGCUUUGCCGAGAGAACGAGCCGGUGGAAACGACCCAGAUUGAGCUGACCACUGAUUGUAAAUGCCAUCCACGCAUUUGAAACUUUGGCUUUUAUUUUUAUUUAUUUAUUUAUUUAUUUGGGGGGGUAUCAUUUCUUUUUUGGAAUGUGUGGACCCUUGAGAAGGGUUCUUACCUGCUGCUCAUUUUGAUUUAUGCAAAUGACUUGGGAGGCGACGUUUGCUGCCUUUUCUAAUGCCCUGGAAGCAUUGAAAACAGAAAAACACCUUCCCUCUUAGCGGAGUCCAAUUUCCCUCUGUGCUGAAAGGCUUGUCGUCCACCAGCUGAUGCAACGUCUGACUGCUGUUGUGCCCCUUUGAUUUUACAAAAGUUACAGGAAUUUUUCUUUUCUCUGAAUUGCUGGUUGAGCCAAUCCUUCUCCCCUUUUCCUCACAGGGGCAUUCUGGACAUGUUGAAGUUACACUGGAGAGGUCUCCUCCACUAUCUUAGCUCAUGCCUAUUUCUUCAGCCUCCUUCUCAUAGCUAGUCCCCAACACUACCUCAUUCUCACUAAAACACUGCCCCCAUCCACUUUUCCACCCAUUAUCUGGAUGCCCAGAGUUGAAAUCCUGUAAUUCCACUCCCUGGAAAAGACCCUGAUGUUGGGAAAGGGUGAAGGCAAGAGG